GAGAAAGCAAGACGGUUUCUUGAGGGAAGGACCAGGAGGCUACCAUGCCAUUGCAGCGGUGAGCGCCUUGUGGGCUUCGUUUUAUGAUUUUGUAAAAGAGUAACGGAAGCAAGGUUUUUUCAGCCGCGAAACCCUCUUGAAAUACUCACAGAUACAAAUGUGGAUGUAACUGUUGAACUCAAAAGACAGACAUGAACCACUGAAGCUGAGAGUAAAGGAAAGCCUCCACUAAGCUCAAGGAAAGAGCUCAGUUACUCCCCCUCCCCUCCCCCCAACAAAAAAAAACACAAAACACUUUAAUCAUGAAGUCCAUAUGGCUGACAACACCACUUGUGUUACUUCUCUUCGGGACCACUACUCUAGCAUUCCCUGCGACCCCAACUGUGCUACCCCUGGAAACGGGGAACUUCAGGGUGAAAGACACGACCCUCACACACCUCACCGUGCACCGAAAGACAGGUGAUGUGUUUGUGGGCGCUGUCAACCACAUCUACAAGCUGUCGGUGAACCUGUCAGAGCUGCGUUCUCACAUGACCGGCCCCGUGGAAGACAAUGCCAAGUGCUACCCUCCGCCAAGCGUCCGGGCCUGCGCACACAAAUUGGAUCCCACGGACAACAUCAACAAGUUGCUGCUGGUCGACUACGCGGGGAACCGUCUGGUGGCGUGCGGCAGCAUCUGGCAGGGCGUGUGCCAGUUUCUGCGCCUGGAGGAUCUCUUCAAGCUGGGCGAGCCGCACCACCGCAAGGAGCACUACCUCUCGGGAGCCAGCGAGGCAGAUGGCAUGGCGGGCGUGGUGCUGGGAGACGACGACGGCCUGCCCGUGGAGAAGAAGCGGAAGAAAGGAGGCAGCCGGCUCUUCAUCGGGGCGGCCAUCGACGGCAAGUCGGAGUACUUCCCGACCCUGUCCAGCCGCAAGCUGGUCACGGACGAGGAGAGCGACAACAUGUUCAGCCUGGUGUAUCAGGACGGAUUCGUGUCCUCCCAGAUCAAGAUCCCCUCAGACACGCUCUCGCUAUACCCGGCCUUCGACAUCUACUACGUGUACGGAUUCGCGAGUCGCACCUACAUCUACUUCCUCACCUUGCAGCUGGACACACAGCUCACGCAGAUGGAUGCCACCGGCGAGAAGUUCUUCACCUCCAAGAUCGUGCGCAUGUGCGCCAACGACACCGAGUUUUACUCCUACGUCGAGUUCCCCCUGGGCUGCACCAAGGACGGCGUGGAGUAUCGCCUGGUGCAGUCCGCCUUCAAGCAUCGGCCGGGUCGCAGGCUGGCCCAGGCCCUGGGCCUGUCGGAGGAUGAGGAUGUGCUGUUUGUGGUGUUCUCCCAGGGCCAGAAGAACAGGGCGAACCCGCCCCGUGAAACCGUGCUGUGCCUCUUCACUCUGCAUCAGAUAAACCUGGCGAUGAGAGAGCGGAUCAGGUCUUGUUACCGAGGCGAGGGCAAGUUGUCCCUGCCUUGGCUGCUCAACAAGGAGCUACCCUGUAUCAAUACGCCCAAGCAGAUUGGAGACGACUUCUGUGGGCUCGUGCUGAACCAGCCUCUGGGCAGCCUGCGGGUGAUCGAAGGCACACCCCUCUUCGACGAUCGUACGGACGGGAUGGCCUCUGUUGCCGCCUACACGUACGGGGAACAUUCGGUGGUGUUCGUGGGCACCCGCAGCGGGCACCUCAAAAAGAUCCGUGUGGAUGGCAUUCCUCCAGCAUCCCAGAGUGCCCUGCUGUAUGAGACGGUGACCGUAUCUGAAGGCCAUCCGAUUCUGCGGGAUAUGGUGUUCAGCCCGGAUUAUCAAUACAUCUACCUACUGAGCGACAAACAGGUGAGCAGAGUUCCUGUUGAGAGCUGCAGUCAGUAUAGCACCUGCGACGGGUGUCUGGGCUCCGGAGACCCCCACUGUGGCUGGUGUGUCCUCUACAACAAGUGCUCCCGUCAGGAGGCCUGUGAGAAGUGGGCCGAGCCGCAGCACUUUGCCACGGAGCUGAAGCAGUGCACCGACGUCAGCGUCACGCCCAACAACAUGUCCGUCACCUCCCCCGCCACUCAGGUGAGCGUGCGGGUGUUGAACGUGCCCAGUCUGUCGGCGGGGGUCACCUGCGUGUUUGAGGACCUGUCGGAGAACCAGGGGGAGGUGCUGUCCAAGGGCCAGGUGCUCUGCAUGUCGCCCUCCCUACGGGACCUGCCUGCACUCACCCAAGGCUACGGUGACAAGCACGUGGUCAAGCUGUCACUCAAGUCCAAGGAGAGCGGACACACGUUCAUCACCACCGAUUUUGUCUUCUACAACUGCAGCGUCCUCCAGUCGUGCUCCUCCUGUGUCAGCAGCCCUUUCCCCUGCAACUGGUGCAAGUACCGGCACAUCUGCACCAACAACCUGGCCGAGUGCUCCUUCCAGGAAGGGCGAGUCAGCAGCGUGGAGGGCUGUCCACAGAUCCUCCCCACUAGUGACAUCCUGGUACCUGCUGGCAUAAUCCGGCCAAUCACUCUGCGGGCACGCAACCUCCCGCAGCCUCAGUCGGGACAGAAGAACUACGAGUGCGUCUUCAACAUCCAGGGCAAGGUUCAGCGCAUCCCCGCGGUCCGCUUCAACAGCUCCUGCAUCCAGUGCCAGAACACCUCGUACUGGUACGAGGGGAAUGAAAUGGGAGACCUGCCCGUGGACUUCUCCAUCGUGUGGGACGGAGACUUCCCCAUCGACAAGCCGACCUCCAUGAAAGCUCUCCUAUAUAAGUGUGAGGCUCAGAGGGACAGCUGUGGUCUGUGUCUGAAGGCGGACAGCCGCUUCGACUGUGGCUGGUGUCUGGGCGACAAGCGCUGCCUCCUGAAGCAGCACUGCAACAACCCCGAGCACAACUGGAUGCACCAGCUGCGCCGCAACGUCCGCUGCAGCCACCCCCGCAUCAGCAAGAUCCAUCCACAGACGGGCCCCAAAGAGGGGGGCACUCGGGUCACCAUCGAGGGGGAGAACCUCGGUCUGCAGGUGCGGGAGAUUGUCGCCGUGCGCGUGGCGGGGGUCCGCUGUGACCCCGUCCCCUCCGAGUACAUCAGCGCAGAGAGGAUUGUGUGUGACAUGGAGGAGUCGCUGCUGGCCAAUCCCCCUGGUGGUCCAGUGGAGUUGUGUAUUGGCGACUGCAGCGCAGAGUACCGCACCCAGUCCUCCCAGACCUACUCCUUUGUGGCCCCCAGCUUUAACAGGGUUCUGCCAGAAAAGGGCCCAAACUCUGGGGGAACCCGCCUCACCAUCUCAGGGAGGAAUCUGGACGCUGGGAGCACGGUGACCGUCAUGCUGGCCAACGAGGAGUGUCAGUUUGUCAAGCGGACCAUGCGUGAGAUCGUGUGCAAAACACCGCCAUCAUUGAAUCCUGGAGUACACGCAUCAAUCAAGCUGUUCAUUGACAAGGCAGAGGUCACCAACCCUGACGUCCGCUACUCUUACUCCGAGGACCCCACCAUCGCCACCAUCGAGCCCAACUGGAGUAUCGUCAAUGGGAGCACCUCUCUCACCAUCACGGGGACCAACCUGCAAACCAUCCAGGAGCCCAAAGUCCGAGCCAGAUACGGAGGAGUGGAGACCACCAAUGUUUGCACGGUGGUGAACGACUCUGUGAUGACCUGCCUGGCUCCCGGCAUCAUCUACAGCAAGCGUCAGACCCCAGAGAUCGGCGUGCACCCGGACGAGUUCGGGUUCAUCCUGGACCAUGUCACCGCCCUCCUCAUCCUCAACGGCACGCCGUUCACAUACUACCCCAACCCCUCGUUCGAGACGCUCGGGACUUCUGGGAUACUGGAGGUUAAGCCAGGCUCCCCUAUUAUCCUUAAGGGAAAGAACCUGAUCCCUCCAGCCCCUGGAAGUGCCCGUCUGAAUUACAGCGUGAUGAUUGGAGAAACCCCGUGUCUGUUAACAGUCUCAGAAUCGCAGCUGCUCUGCGAUUCGCCAGACCUAACCGGAGAGCAGCGAGUUACGAUCCUGGUGGGUGGCAUGGAGUACUCCCCGGGGACGCUUCACAUCUACUCCGACAGCACACUCACGCUGCCCGCCAUCAUCGGCAUCGGGGCGGGCGGAGGCGUCCUUCUGGUGGCCAUCAUCGCCGUGCUCAUCGCCUACAAGCGCAAGACCCGCGACGCCGACCGCACGCUCAAGCGCCUGCAGAUGCAGAUGGACAACCUGGAGUCCCGCGUGGCCCUGGAGUGCAAGGAAGCAUUCGCCGAGCUGCAGACGGACAUCCAGGAGCUGACCAAUGACAUGGACGGCGUCAAGAUCCCCUUCCUGGAGUACCGCACCUACACCAUGCGGGUCAUGUUCCCGGGCAUCGAGGAGCACCCCGUUCUGAAGGAGCUGGAUUCUCCAGCCAAUGUGGAGAAGGCCCUGCGUCUGUUCAGCCAGCUGCUGCACAACAAGAUGUUCCUGCUGACGUUCAUCCACACGCUGGAGGCCCAGCGCUCCUUCUCCAUGCGCGACCGCGGCAAUGUGGCCUCCCUCCUGAUGGCGGCGCUGCAGGGACGCAUGGAGUACGCCACCAUGGUGCUCAAGCAGCUGCUCGCCGACCUCAUCGAGAAGAACCUGGAGAACCGCAACCACCCCAAACUGCUGCUUCGGAGAACGGAGUCCGUGGCUGAAAAGAUGCUCACCAACUGGUUCACCUUCCUGCUGCACCGCUUCCUCAAGGAGUGUGCGGGGGAGCCUCUCUUUAUGCUGUACUGUGCCAUAAAGCAGCAGAUGGAGAAGGGCCCCAUUGACGCCAUCACCGGAGAGGCGCGCUACUCCCUCAGCGAGGACAAGCUCAUCCGCCAGCAGAUCGACUACAAACAGCUGACACUAAUGUGCAUCCCUCCCGAGGGUGAAGCCGGCACAGAGAUCCCAGUGAAGGUGAUUAACUGUGACACCAUAACCCAAGUGAAGGACAAGCUCCUGGACGCCGCCUACAAGGGCAUCCCUUACUCCCAGCGACCCCAGGCAGACGACAUGGAUCUGGAGUGGAGACAAGGGCGUCUGACCCGAAUCAUCCUUCAGGACGAGGACGUGACCACAAAGAUCGAGAGCGACUGGAAGAGACUGAACACUCUGGCACAUUACCAGGUGACUGAUGGGUCGCUGGUAGCACUGGUUCAGAAGCAGGUGUCUGCGUACAAUAUCGCCAACUCCUUCACCUUCACCCGCUCCCUCAGCAGAUACGAGAGCCUCCUGCGGACGUCCAGCAGCCCUGACAGCCUGCGCUCGCGGGCGCCCAUGAUCACGCCCGACCAGGAGACGGGCACCAAGCUGUGGCACCUGGUCAAGAACCACGAGCACUCCGACCAGCGCGAGGGAGACCGUGGCAGCAAGAUGGUGUCAGAGAUUUACCUCACCAGACUUCUGGCUACCAAGGGUACGCUGCAAAAAUUUGUGGACGACCUGUUCGAGACGGUGUUCAGCACGGCCCACCGCGGCAGCGCGCUCCCACUGGCCAUCAAGUACAUGUUCGACUUCCUGGACGAGCAGGCCGACCGCCGGCAGAUCACAGACCCCGACGUGCGCCACACCUGGAAGAGCAACUGCCUGCCUCUGCGUUUCUGGGUGAACGUGAUCAAGAACCCGCAGUUUGUCUUUGACAUCCACAAGAACAGCAUCACAGAUGCCUGCCUGUCGGUGGUGGCCCAGACCUUCAUGGACUCCUGCUCCACCUCAGAGCACCGGCUGGGCAAGGACUCGCCCUCCAACAAGCUGCUCUACGCUAAAGACAUCCCCAACUACAAGAGCUGGGUGGAGAGGUAUUACAGAGAUAUCAGCAAGAUGCCCAGCAUCAGUGAUCAGGACAUGGAUGCUUAUCUGGUGGAGCAGUCUCGUCUCCAUGGCAGCGAGUUCAACACUCUCAGUGCCCUCAACGAACUCUACUUCUACAUUAACAAGUACAAGGAGGAGAUUUUGACAGCGCUCGACAGGGAUGGUUACUGCCGCAAACACAAACUGCGGCACAAACUGGAACAAGCCAUUAACCUGAUGUCAGGCAGCAGCUGAGGGCCGCCACCGAUGGAUCCUGGGGAGGGUGGGGGUCAUAACGCUGAGUUUGGGGUUUGAGCGUCUGUGGGAGUGUGUGUGUGUGAAAAUGUGUGUAUGUGUGGACGUGUGUGCAGCUGAGGGGGGGGGAGGGGGGCUUUUUGGGUGAUUGGGAGGGCAGGAGAUGGGGUGGGGUGGGGUGGGGUGGGUGGGGUUGUAUCGAUUAUCAGGCCUGUGUUGGAGAGACAUCCACAGUUAAUGCUAACAAGAGGGUGGAUACGAAUGACACUGGACAAUCAACACUAAGAACCACAGCACAGCACAAAGCCCAAUGUAUCUGAACCCGACCCCGUGCCCCCCAAAUCCCCUCUUAACUCUCCGACACCUCUACCUGCCAUCGCCAGUGGGACUAUCAAGAGAUUUCCUUUCUUUUUUUUUUCUUUUUUAAUUCUCUUCUUCUAAGUCUUCUUCUCCUUCUUCUACUUCUUCUUCCUCUUCUUCUUCUUCUUCUUCUUCUUUUUCUUCUUCUUCACACUGGCCUUUUUUUCUUCUCUUUGAAAAAAGACUCUUAAAAAAGCAACUGCCUAAAACUCAAUGGAUGUGAACUACUGUGGAUAUAAUGAGAUACAUUCCAUGAAAAAGGCAUAUGUGACGUUGCCUUGGAAACUGUGCUGAAUUGCCAAGCUAGUGCCAUGGAAAGGUUAACUUUCAUUCACUCUGGGGUGUGUGUGUGUGUGGGGUGGGGUGGGGUGGGGGGGGGGGGGGGGGGGGGGGGUUAAAAGAACAGAGAAAAAGAAAAAGAUGGGAUAUUAAUACUUCUUAGUAAAUCCAAACUACGUCGUGGACUUUUUGGCAUUUAUCAGUGGGGAAAAUAGUAAUUAACAAAAAAAAGGACAGUACAAAAAGCAAUUGGAAGUUCGACAUUCAAACUUGGGGAAAGAGAUACCCCAGGUAGAGUAGAGGGACAUGAGUCAGCAGCAGCAGCAGCAGCAGCAGCAGCCAUCUCGAGUCACGACCCGAGGACCCACGGGGUCAUCGGCGGGGCCCGCGGGGACAGACGUACGGACUGAUUCAUCGCCUAGCACCUCUCUCGAAUGCCAUAGACUUACAAAAGCGCCCUUUGUUGUCUUCUCACUCAUCUCUCUUUUUGCUUUUCUUCUGCUCUUGGACUUGUGUGGGGGUGGGAGUGGGGUGGGGCAUAACGGACGCUGGCCUUAUCGCUUUUGGUGAGAGUCCAGAGUUCUUCAAAGCUUGCCUUUUUUAUUUUUAUUUUUUUUUGUCGUCGUUGUUGUUGGUGUUGUUGUUGCAUUCUGGCUGAAUAUAAACCACAGUCACUGUCCACAGAUGGGUGCACGCAAUGGAUUCUAUCCACCCAAUCAACGUCCCCAGGCCCCUUAAUGUUCCAACUCCACUGUGCAUCCGUGAGGGCUGAAGUGCGUAUCUUACGCAUCCUCAGCUCUCUCAAAACACUACUGACAUGGAAAAGGACGCUCCAUUAACAUCAGGUGUCCCCACACGUAUCUGAUCCACAACGAGCAAUAAGUCUGAGAAAACUAGAGUGAGCCAUUAGUGAGACAUCUACUCUUUGAACACUCUUCAGUAACCACUAAGAUUGAGGAUGUUCCUACAUGAAUGUUCCAACGAUGUUCCUAUGUUUGUCAGCGACUUCUGUUAAGGGUGCUUGACAAUAGAGUGCGCUCAUUGAACUUCACAGUAACCCUGCAAGCAUCUGUUUCCAUUCAGCUUCAUUAUUCUUCGUUCUAAUUCUAACAUAGAAAAAGACACAAGACACACAAAUGUACAGUGCUUGUCAGCUUUAAGUUGUAGAUGUUUAUGUGGACUCCUGGCUUUUCCGUUGAGCUCUUUAGUGUACGGUGGAUGUUUAUGCAGUACUUUUUUAUUUAUUUUUUUUACCAGAUACCAGUUUCAUGCAACUCCAAGCACAAUAAUGGAGGACUUCUCUGCCUAAACAGUCAUUUUAAAUUCUUAAUUUUAACCCUUUCACUGUUAAUAUUUUGGGAACACACUUGACUCCAGGGUCUGUACUGAGCCAACAUGUUCAGCUCUUACUCCUUUGCUACUCUUUCAUGAGUCUGUGAAAAUCAUUUAACACGUCGCUCCUUUUGGCCUGCAUCACUGUGCACAUGAAGCAGUUUGGUUGUGCUUCUCGACAGUUACUCAUAAACAGUUAGGCCUCUGUCCAUCAUUGCUUUUGUACAUAGGGCUUGUGUGCACACACAAACACACAUGCAGAGAAACACACACAUGCACAUUUGUGUCCCUGGUGUACAUUGUGGUGAGGUAUAGCCAGUGACUGCUGAUGCUUUUCCAUGGCAGUAGUGUUUAGCUGAGUCACCGACAGAGUUGUUUAUGUUCAGCCAUUUUCACCCAAACAUCUCUAGGAAGGACGUACCAACUGGAGUUGAUACUGUAAUAACCGACCCCUGAGAUUUUUGUAUUAUUAGACAUUCUUUCAUUUCUAUGUGGUUCUGAGUUCUGCCCUUUCCAAUGAAGUAUUUAUUGUGUCUAAUUUAUUGUGCAUAAUUUAUUUGUUUUUUUUUCGCAACACAAGAAUGUACACGAUUUCAUGUACAGUAUUGGUGACUUCGCAUACCCUGGUCCAGCUUAGUCAUUGCUUAUUGUGUAAGAAAUGAUACGGCACGAGAAUGAUUUUGUUUAUGAGAAGUCUUUUCAAGAUAAACUGCAUAUCAAGAGUUUACUAUUCCAUCCCCGCCCAACACCCCCGAAAUGAAAAAUUGUAAGGUUCCGCUAUUCCACUGACCCCUAAGGUACCCCAGACCCCACUGUAAUGCUCUCUAUGGAGAUAUAAUAAUAAAAAGGAACGCGUUCUGACCAAAGAGGUUCUAGUUUAGAGCGAGAGAGAUGUCGGGAGGGCCAUAGAGGAAUCAGGGCUGACUCAUUUGGCCGCUAUCAUACCACUGUAGUGUGGAGUUAAUGACACUGUGAGAUUCAAGAGCGCUCCAUGUGAAGUAUGCUGCUCUCUUGCCAUACCAUGAAGCUAAGAAAUCCAGUCCUUUUGAUUCCCUUUUCCCUCAUAAGUCUAGUUAGGUACAUACCUCCUCAUAGGCGUCUUAUUACCCAGAUACCAAACAUGUCUGCUAACCCUAAUGAUUUAUAUGUACAGUACUAUUGCACAGCGGCUUGACAGUGAUGUGAAUACAGAUAUUUAGACCAUCAAAAUGAGACUCACUAUACUGAAGGGUUCGUGUUUUUUUGUAUUAUUGAACGUUAAAGCAACCUACUAAGACCUCCUCAUUAGUGCGUGGGCGAAGUAUCCGUCUCCAGAUGGACAUUAGACAGACAGUGGCCUGAACAAAAUCUCUCGGAUAACAGGAGUAAUUAAGGUAGCGUACUCGCUCGCUCAUGGAGAAUCAUCCUACAAAAUCAAUUUGCAGCAUAUUUUUCAACUAUGAAGGUAUGCUGAGAGCAGUAGGAAGCUGGGCAUGACUGGUUCUCCACACUCCUGCUCGGAUUCCGUGGGCAAGAUGCUGCUGCCGACGCAUGGCUCAUUAACAUUUUAAAAGCUGCAGGAGGAUAAUUAAAGAGGAAGUAUCCCUCUGAACAUUCGUUUGUUAUUUUUGGGGAAGGGAAAGAAAUGGGGUCAGUGGAUGGGAAUCUAGGUCUUCUUCUGCUGAGCUUCUUUUUUUUUUGUGACUGCGGUCUUAGAUGGAAAUCUGCCUCCGUCUGAAACGGCUGCCUGCUCGCCGAAAGGUGCCGGGUCAGCAUGGCAGGUGUAUUAUGGAUAUCAAAGCACUGGAUGAACCACUUUCUCAAAUUAAAAGCGACAAUAAAUCUCACAAUAUAUUAAACUUCGUGGAGACUCUUGGUUUAAACCAUAUUGUAAUGACUACAUUUGACAGACAGACCACCACUCAAUUGUAAAGGCAAACAUCUAGUUUUUUUUUUUUUUACUAUUAACAUCUGUACAACUUCUCACACAAAAAUCAGCAACCACAAAAUGGCAGUCCCCGACAGACUGGUCUUAAGGGCCAUAUAUGUUUUGGUAGCAGAACUCAGAGCCACUACAGAGCCAGACACAAUGAUCUGUUAUUGUAUUGUGGUAAAGAGCAUAAUAAUAAUGAUGAUAAUAAUAUUCCAAAAGCACCUGCUGUGUGUGAGGGCAAGGAGUGUGUGCAGAAUCGUGGUGUUUCUCGGUAGUUACUGUAGAGGAAUAACGUCAGUUUUUAGAUCCAUCGCUGCAUUUCAAAGUCAGUGUUCUUGUAAAGCAUCUUUGUCUCAGAUAAAUUAAUUAUAAUUUAUUUGUUGUUUUAUUUUAUUUUUGUCAGAUUAUCCCAAAUGUUUUAAUCAAUUUAAACGUAACAGACUUGUUUACAGUUUCAAAGAUUAUAUGGAGUUUAUUAACUUUUGUGUCCGGGGAGGAAGUAGCUUUGUGACUGAGUGACUGACUGGUUGGUGGGUGACUGCUCUGCCUAGUCCUUAAUUCUAUAUAAAUAUAUAAAUAUAUUUUGUAUAAUUAUUGGUUUUGAAAUGUUCCUUUUUAAAUUAUUGUUUUUUUUUUUUUUUUUUUUAUUAUGAUUUUUGUUUUUAUAUUUCCGUUGGGUUAGGUUGAAGGAGCUGCCAGAGUGAAUCCUUCAAACUUGCUGGCUGUGUGGAAGUGUUUUGUAUAUAUUUGCACUUUUUUUUUUACUCAGUCAGAGAGGUAUUGAAAGAUUGGAUUCUAACUUAAUGUUCAAAUGACAAGCAUGGUCUUUUUUCCUUUUUGUUUUGCUAAUUAAAGAUAUGUGGAUGAUGCUGUAUAUUCUUGAAUGUUUUGUUUGUAUAUUAUCUGCAAGGCCUAUUUUCUCUGAUCAGCUUGAUGUUUUCAUUCAAAUAAAGGUGAAUGUUUUAGUUAAAA